AUGGACGACUAUGAAGAGGCGGUUCUAUUUACGUUUGCUCUGCUAGAGUCCCGGCUGGACCGCAUCGAAUAUGCGUUAAGCGGGACGAGGAAUCUAUCUGAGGAGAAGCCGAAGACCCUCCCGGAAAGGAUACAGAGAAUCGAGCGGACCCUCAGCGAGCUAUCUGAAAAGACGUCGCUACUGGACGAUGUACAGCAACUACUCGCAAAACACUCCGACCUGCUGUCUCAGCCGGCGGACGUCGAAGAGGAAGACGCGGGCUUGACGCAGACGCAGAAGUCUAUCCUUGUCUCCGACCGCGCGCCUGCCUUCGCUACCACCGCUUCGCAGCUCAAGUCCCUCGACGACCAGCAGAUACCGCAGACAGAUGGGUUCGUCAAGCUGGCGAAACUCCGGCCGCGAAUCGCAGAGGCGGAGGAGCGCCAAUUGCAACAAGCAUUGCGGAUUUCGCUGCUCAGGAAACAGAGCGGCAUGCUUGUCUCUCGAGUGAAGCAUGUGCAUCUCUUGGGACAGGGCCGCUGCUGGGUGGAGUGGCACAAGCGAUUGACAGAGGCCGAGCGGACAGUCGUGCGAACCGAAUUCAGGAACAGGCCAGAUGAAGAGGCGGAGAUAUGA